AGAAGACACUUCGGCGCCUGUCCCUCCCCGCCGCCCCCGUCCCAGUCCCACUGCCGCCUCGGACUCUGGAUGCCUGCCUACUCGGCUCUCGCCAGCGGUGGCGCUGUGCGGCCGCCACGCGCCACCUGCCUCCUUCUCGCCAGCUUCGCGGCCGGCUCCGGCCUCUGGCUUCUCGUCGGCUCGCAGAAGGAGGAGCAGCCGGACGUGGCGAGCCCACGCACUCAGCGUAGCGCUCGAUCUGCGGCACAACUCGCGAAGUGGUUCAGAUGGCAGGCCGUGCUGGCGAGUGAAGCGGCAGCACACACUGCUUCGCCGGGCAAGGGCUCGCUCGCGCUCUGGGGCGACUCCAUCACCGAGUCUUGGCGCGGCACGUCGUACGGCACUCCCGCAGGCCGCGCCAACGGCACGCCCGCGGUGCUCGCACAGACCCUGGCGCGGCGGUGGCCCUCGCCGGCUGUGCUCGCAAUCUCGGGCGACCAGACGCAGCACCUGCUUUGGCGGCUGGGCGACGGGGGCGAGCUCCCUCCGCCGCUCGCGUCGGACGGCGCCCUCACCGCCGUCGUGAUGAUCGGCACCAACAACCUCGGCGCGGGGCACCUGCCCGGCCCGACGGCGGAGGGAGUGCUCGCCGUCGCGCGCGAGUACCUGCGGCGCAGCCGCGGCCGCCUGCUGCUCUGCGCUCUGCUGCCGCGAGGCGACGGGGCCGAGCUGCUCCCGCGCCUCUGCCCGCCGCGCUGCGACCGCAGAGGUGCGCCGUUCCGCUCCUUCAUGCCCGCGGUGGAGAAGGUCAACCAGCGGCUGCGUGAGGAGGCCGGCGGCGGUCGGCUAAGUGUCGACUUCCCUGGCCGCGUCUCUUACGUCGAUUGCGGCGGCCCCUUCCGUGCGGGCGGCGGGCGGCGGGAGGGCGGCGAGGAGGAGGCAGAGGAGGUCGUGGUGCGACUGAUGCCUGACCGGCUCCACCCGAACCCCGAAGGCCACCAGCUGCUGGCGCGCUGCCUCGAGACGGCCCUCCUCGGCAAAGGCUGGGGCGUGCAGCCGACCGGCUACUCGCGGCUCGGUUUACCUCUCGGAGGCUCUGCGCCGUGACACGCAAGAGAACACUGCAGGAACACCCGAGUACGCCAAGAUGGACGUCGUGUCUGAUGACGCACAUAAUGCACCGGGGCAAGUGGGUCACACUCCCCGUAGGUCAUAGCCGCGAUCGAGGCAUGUGUAGAGAGAACCCCAUUGAUGGAUGGCCCAGCUGACCGACGCGCAUGCUUUUGCGUAAUGGCUUGU